UAUAUCCUUAAAUCAAGCAGACCCCAUUUAUCUCUCUCUCUCUCUCUCUCUUUUUCUUAAUUUUUGUGAAUAGGUAGCAUACCAUCUUGUGCCAUAAAAUAAACCCAUUCGUCACACCAAAAAAACAAAACACCAUAUGAUAUGCUUGCCAUGGGCGUGGACAUGUCGAAUAAUCCACCCACUUCUCAUACCAAAGACUACUUUGCUUCUCCAGCUCUCUCCCUCAGCCUUGCUGGAAUUUUCCGUGAUGCCCGGGCGGCUGCGGCAGACACCCCUGCUGCCAACGUAGAGGUUGAAGAAGGCGACGAAGGCAGCGGUGGAGGUCGGAGAGAAGACACUGUUGAGAUAAGCAGUGAGAACUCUGGACCUGUGAGAUCAAGAUCAGAUGAUGAAUUUGAUCCAGAAGGAGAUCAUGAUGAUGGAGAUGGAGAUGACAAGAAUAAGAAGAAGAAAAGGAAAAAGUAUCACAGGCACACUGCUGAGCAAAUCCGAGAAAUGGAAGCGCUAUUCAAGGAAUCACCCCAUCCAGAUGAAAAGCAAAGACAGCAACUUAGCAAGCAACUUGGCUUGGCUCCUAGGCAGGUCAAGUUUUGGUUCCAAAAUCGUCGAACCCAAAUCAAGGCUAUACAAGAAAGACAUGAAAAUUCUCUGCUGAAAACCGAAAUGGAAAAACUCCGGGAUGAUAAUAAGGCAAUGAGAGAGCAAAUCAAUAAAUCAUGUUGUCCAAAUUGUGGUACUGCCACAACUAGCAGAGACGCCAACAUGACAACAGAGGAGCAACAGCUACGAAUUGAAAAUGCCAGACUCAAAGCCGAGGUUGAAAAACUCCGAGCAGCUAUAAGAAAAUACCCAUCAGGGACAACGUCUCCUUCCUGCUCUGCUGGAAAUGACCAAGAGAACAGAAGCUCUUUAGACUUUUACACUGGAAUUUUCGGGCUUGAGAAAUCCAGAAUCAUGGAGAUUGUUAACCAAGCAACGGAAGAGCUUAAAACGAUGGCCACAGCUGGAGAACCACUUUGGGUUCGAAGUGUUGAAACCGGUCGUGAAAUACUCAACUACGACGAGUAUACAAAAGAGUUCUCUGUUGAAACUCCGAGCAGCGGCGGUGGAAGGCCAAAGAGAUCCAUUGAAGCCUCCAGAGAGAUCGGUGCCGUCUUCAUGGAUCUCCCUCGACUGGUUCAGAGUUUCAUGGAUGUGAAUCAAUGGAAGGAAAUGUUCCCAUGCAUGAUCUCAAAGGCUGCCACAGUCGAUGUUAUUUCCAACGGUGAAGGGGAUAACAGAAAUGGCUCUGUACAAUUGAUGUUCUCAGAGCUUCAAAUGCUCACACCCAUGGUGCCCACUAGAGAGGUUUAUUUCGUCCGACAUUGCAAGCAACUGAGUGCUGAACAGUGGGCCAUUGUUGAUGUUUCAAUCGACAAAGUAGAAGACAAUAUUGAUGCAUCCUUGGUGAAAUGCAGAAAACGUCCCUCUGGCUGCAUUAUUGAGGACAAAUCAAAUGGACACUGCAAGGUGACUUGGGUUGAGCACUUGGAAUGCCAGAAAAGCACGGUCCACACAAUGUACCGAACUAUUGUCAGCAGUGGCAUGGCAUUUGGCGCAAGGCAUUGGAUGGCAACGCUGCAACUCCAAUGCGAACGGCUCGUCUUCUUCAUGGCAACCAAUGUUCCUAUGAAGGACUCGACUGGAGUGGCCACCUUGGCUGGGAGGAAAAGCAUAUUGAAGCUGGCACAAAGAAUGACAUCAAGUUUUUGUCGAGCAAUCGGCGCAUCAAGCUAUAAUAUAUGGACCAAAGUCUCUGGUAAAACAGGGGAAGACAUAAGAAUUGCCUCCAGGAAAAAUUUGAACGACCCUGGAGAACCUCUUGGAUUGAUACUGUGUGCAGUUUCUUCAGUAUGGUUGCCCAUCUCUCCUCAUGUACUAUUCGAUUUCUUAAGAGAUGAAAGCCGCCGGAAUGAGUGGGACAUUAUGUCGAAUGGAAAUCAAGUUCAAUCCAUGGCUAACUUGUCAAAAGGGCAGGAUCGUGGCAAUGCAGUUACCAUCCAAACGACAAAAUCAAAUGAGAACAGUAUGUGGAUACUCCAAGAUUGCUGCACAAAUGCUUAUGAGUCCACCGUGGUCUAUGCUCAAGUGGACAUUACAGGCAUGCAGACUGUGAUGACUGGAUGCGAUUCAAGCAACCUUGCUAUAUUACCGUCUGGGUUCUCAAUUCUUCCAGAUGGUUUAGAUUCAAGGCCUCUAGUUAUCACUUCUAGGCGAGAAGAGAAAACUGCAGAAGGAGGAUCUUUGCUUACAGUAGCAUUUCAAAUCCUAACAAAUACAUCCCCCACAGCAAAACUAACUAUGGAGUCUGUGGAUUCUGCUAAUACUCUUAUAUCUUGUAUUCUUAAAAAUAUAAAGACGAGCUUGCAGUGUGAGGAUGGUUGAGCUAAACAAUCCAUUAUUAGUUAGGUAGGUCCUAGAUAACUGUAUAACGCAUAGGAUUUAUUUUUUUGUCUUCCAUAUUUUUUAAUGAGUUUGUUAAUGGUUUUAAGCAAUUGAGCUAAUUUUGUGUGGGUUUAAUGGCAUUCAUUUUUUGGAAGCUGCAGACCCAUUUGUAGUUAGCAUUGUGGAGACUGUUUUUAUCUAAAAUUUAUAUAGAUAUACAAAAUUGAGAUUUCUUUGUGUCUAAA